AUGUCGACCAAGCUCACCAAACCGACCGUCCCCUUUUCCGAGGCGCCAUGGAUUCAGGGGCUGCCAUCCUCGAUCUUCACCUCGCCUUCUCAUGUUCAACUUCGCGAGUGGUGCCGCGUUUGGUGUGACGAGGUCCUGAUCAAGCUUGGGGCCAAGUACGAGGAGGCUGGCGUCAUCAACGACGAUGAGGCGUACCAGCGCGCUGCCAAGGACGGCGUACUUUUUGCUUUCGCCACGGGCGUGCACGUCGAUCCCAAGAUCGCCAAGAUCGCCCAAGCUGCUGGUGUCGGCCUUCCGGCCGGCAUCAAGAUGGAGGAGUGGAACAACAUUCACGACUACAUCAUCUGGGACGAACUCAACCGCUGCGCCAGCCCGGUAUUGAUGGGCCUGAUUGGCGGCCUUACGUAUGGCUCCGGCCCCAUCAUGCACUUUGCCAGCGACGAGCAGAAGGCACGCUGGCUCCCCGAGAUCUUCACGGGUCGCAAGCGAAUCUGCCUUGCCAUCACUGAGCCCCUUGCCGGCAGCAACGUCGCCAACCUCAGCACCGAGGCGACGCUGAUCGAAGAGAACGGCAAGAAGUACUACCUCGUCAACGGCAGCAAGAAGUGGAUCACCAACGGAAUCUACUCGGACUGGUUCACCACAGCCGUUCGCACGUCGGGCAAGGCGGGCGAGUCGGGCGGCAUUUCACUGCUCAUGAUCCCUCGCGGACCCGGUGUUACCACCAAACAAAUGAAGAUGCUCCCCGGCGGAGCUUCGGGCACGACCAUCGUCGAGUAUGACGACGUCAAGGUCCCCGUCGAGAACCUCAUCGGCAAGGAAGGAGAAGGUCUGAAGCUGGUGUUCUUUAACUUCAAUCACGAGCGGAUGACGAUCGCCUACACAGCCUUACGCUAUGCUAGGGUGUGUAUGGAGGAUGCGAUUGCGCACACACGACGACGAGAGGUGUUUGGCAAGACGUUGAUCGAGCAGCCGGUGGUGCGCCACAAAAUUGGCCACAUGGCGCGCGAGGUGGAGGCGCUGCAAGCCUGGACGGAAAGCAUCAUUUUCCAGCAACUUAAUUUGACAAUUGCGCAGUCGAACCUGCUCACCGGCGGCACGUGUGCGCUGCUCAAGGCGCAUGCCGGUAUCGUGCUGGAGAAGGUGGUGCGCGAGGCAGUGCAUCUGCUCGGAGGCAUGGGCCUCACCAAGGGCGGCACCGGCGAACGCAUCGAGCGCAUCUGGCGCGAAGUCAAGGCGCUCACCGUGCCCGGCGGAAGCGAGGACGUGAUGAUCGACCUGGGCGUGCGCCAGCAGCUCAAGCUUGUCGGCCCCCAGAGCAAGUUCUGA